CCAGCUGGAAACACAGGUUCAUUUUGCAAUGGUUGAGGCGUUUGGGUAAUGCCGGGUUUCGGGUGCCUUGCCGCUGGUUUGAGGCACGAAGAUGCUGUUGAAGCCCUUCCAGAGGGUGGGGAAGGUUCUGCUCAUGUCCGCGCGGCUCUUCCCGGCGGGAGCGGAGCGCUGCAGCCCCGGGCCCGCCCUCGGCGGGGGUGGUGCCGGCGGCGGCGGAGCGGCGGCCCGGGAGCGGAGGAUGCUGCUGCCGCUGCUGCUGCUGCCGCCGCUGCUGCCGCCUCUCCUGCUGCUGCUGCCGGCUCUGGCCGACGGGCAGCGGGCGGCGGUGCUGCGGCUGGGGCUCCGGGGCAGCCCCCGCAGGGAGGUGAGCCCGGCUUUCCUCUCCCUCACCCUGGAUGCCAGCCUCGCCCGGAACCCGCGCUAUGUCGCCUUGCUCAGCAAUUCCAAACUGCGUGCCCUGGCAACGGCCCUGUCCCCAGGUUUCCUGAGGUUUGGUGGCACUGAGACAGAUUUUCUUAUCUUUGAUCCCUACAAGGAUUCCACUUCAGAAGAAAAGACCCUCUGGGAACUUCAGACAAAGCAAGAGGCUUGUGGCUUGAGGCCUGCAUUUGCUGCUGUUGAGAAGGUAAUGCUGGCCCAAUGGCCCAGCCAGGAGAAGCUGAUUCUUGCUGAAGAGAACCGGAAAAAGCACAAAAACACCACCAUUACAAAAAAUACAUUGGAUAUUCUCUACAACUUUGCAAACUGCUCAGGGUUUCACCUGAUCUUUGGACUCAAUGCCUUGCUGCGGAAAGGUGGCUUGCAGUGGGACAGCACGAAUGCCCAGUCACUGCUGGACUACUGUGCUUCCCAGAGGUACAACAUCUCCUGGGAGCUUGGGAAUGAGCCCAACAGCUUCCGGAAGAAAUCUGGCAUCCACAUUGAUGGGUUCCAGCUGGGGCAAGAUUUCAUUCACUUACGCCAACUGCUGAAUAACUAUGCCCUCUACCAGCACGCCAAGCUCUACGGCCCUGAUGUUGGGCAGCCCCAAAAGCACACGCAGAGACUGCUGAGAAGCUUCCUGAAAUCAGGCGGGAAGGUGAUCGACUCUGUCACAUGGCACCAUUACUAUGUGAAUGGACGGAGUGCAACAAGGGGGGAUUUCUUGAGCCCUGAAGUGCUGGAUACCUUUGCCACAGCUAUAUAUGAAGUCCUGGAGAUUGUGGGUCGGACUGUGCCAGACAAGAAGGUGUGGCUGGGAGAGACAAGCUCUGCCUAUGGAGGAGGAGCUCCCAGAUUGUCUAACACUUACGUUGCUGGCUUUAUGUGGUUGGACAAACUUGGGAUUUCAGCCAGGCAGGGGAUUGAUGUGGUGAUGAGACAGGUUUUCUAUGGGGCAGGGACCUACCACCUGGUGGAUGCCAACUUCGAGCCUUUGCCGGACUACUGGCUCUCACUGCUCUACAAGAAGCUGGUGGGUACCAAGGUGCUGCAGGUCAGCCUGGCAGGAACCAACAAGAGGAAGCUCCGUGUCUACCUCCACUGCACGAGCAGUCUCAACCCGAAGUACAGAGAAGGGGAUGUGACGCUGUUUGCUUUAAACCUCUACAAUGUUACCCAACAUUUGGAGCUACCGGAUUACCUCUCUAGCAAGCACGUGGAUCAGUACCUCUUACUGCCUCAUGGCAAAGAGAAUAUUCUUUCCAGGUCCAUUGAGCUGAAUGGCCAUGUACUACGGAUGCUGGAUGAUGAAACACUGCCCGAGCUUAUGGAAAAGCCCCUUCGUCCCGGCAGUCUACUUGGCCUUCCAGCCUUCUCCUACGGCUUUUAUGUUAUCAAAAAUGCCAAAGCUAUUGCUUGCAUUUAAGUGGUCAACACACACACUCAGGAUAAAUGUAAAGCAUUUGGCUAGCAGGAAAUUCUAAUCCUAGAAAUUCACAUUUCUGCCACAGGAUUUAAUUCUUCUAAGGGCUGCAAAUGUUGCAGCAGUAGUACCACUGUGAGCUGGGGAAGACAUAAGGUUUCCACUGGGUAACUGGUACAUGAAAGAUCCCAGGAGAAUUAUCCAGGUAGAAAAAGACCAGGCAGGGGCUGGUUUUACUCUUGAUCCAGCCUGUCACUGUGCUUGAGCAUGGAACUCCUCUCCACAGCAUGCAGGGAGCUUCUCACACUGCCUGGAGCCCUGCCAGCCCAUGCACUGCAGCCUCCUCUCUCCUUCUUGUUUCUGCAAGCGCAGCUCCUAAAGCAGUUUCUUCAAAAGCUUGCCUUCAGAAAGGAUGAGCAGAGUUUUUAUUUGAGCUGUACAGCU